AUGAUCCUCUUAGUUGUUCAGCAGGCUAUGCUGUCUCCACGAACACUACCCCCAGUCUGUGAGCGCCCGCCAGCUCAGUUCACCUCAGCAACCCAUCCCGACGAUGAAUACAACGUACAGCGUGAGCAGAACCGGUACGAGGGUCUGCAUGCAAACAUUCAUGGAGCCUGUACCUACAAAGCCCCUGUCGAACUUCCAACGAUCAACCAUUUCAGCAAGACAUUGAGGGAGGUCGAAACUAGUAAGACUGUAGUGAGCAAAUGGAAUAGUCCUUGGGCUGCGACACAUCGUUUACAUGCCUUGAGGGCUGUGACCCCUAGUGUGCCGAACAGGAGAAUUCAUAGCCCGUCUCCUUCUAGGGGAGCAUUGCUUCCAGAACAAGCCCUGCACUCCACCACCACAACACCGCCACAGGGAUCAGCAGGAGUCACAGAGAAGGCCAUGCAUUGCACUUGGACACCAUCAAGUCACUACCGGCCGGAGCCUUCACUGACGUGCUAUGCUCACCGUCAAAUUGCGCCGUUGACAAUGGUGAGGUCUCUGAAGGUCUCACGGCCUGAUCGUCAUGUCAUCAUCACCCUGGGCGUGAAGAACAGAACGAGAAGCGUGUCGAUGCAGUAUUGUUUCACAACUAGAGGUGGCUCCCGAGUAAUUCGAGUUCGGGUCGUCGUUCAGCCCUUGGACGAUAUCAGCGCCUCUGUUCCGGUAAUACUAUCGGUUUGCUACUACGACCAUGGUCAUACUCCAUGUAGCCAGAUCCAGCAAACUCAGAAGAAGCAUAUAACGACCUAA